UCCAUGUCUCCCCCUCACUUCCCUCCCCGCCGCCACGCUUGAGAGAGGGGAGCGGAAGCCCGGGAGAAGGCGGCGGCCGGCGGCAAGAUGGUGCAGCGGCUCACCUACCGGAAGCGGCACAGCUACGCCACCAAGUCCAACCAGACCCGCGUCGUCAAGACCCCUGGUGGGAGGCUUGUGUACCAGUACACCAAGAAGCGUGCGAGUGGACCGAAGUGCCCGGUCACCGGGAAGAAGAUUCAAGGAAUUCCUCACCUCAGACCUGCUGAGUACAAGAGGUCCAGAUUGUCAAGGAACAGGAGGACCGUGAACCGUCCAUAUGGUGGUGUUCUGUCUGGUACUGCAGUUAGGGAGAGGAUCAUUCGGGCAUUUUUGGUUGAGGAGCAAAAGAUCGUAAAGAAGGUGUUGAAGAUCCAAAAGACCAAGGACAAGGCCUCCAAGAGCUAGACAUUAUUGCAAUAGGCAUAUGCCACCAUGUUUAAUUCUCUCGAGUUUCGGUAUGGAAUUUUCUCGUGGGUCUGAGAAUCUUGCUAAAUCGAUGUGAGUGAUUGAAUUUUGAGCGCAGUUGCGGAUCCACUAGGUUUUGGAAACUUAGGUGGAAUGUUUUUCGCUUGGCUAUGAGGAUAUCAGAUACUUGUUAAUUCCAUUUGCCCUUGUUUACGCGGUCACGGUCUAAUCAACCUUAUACAUAACUGUCAGUAUCUUGAGUUUGACUUAA